AUGAGCAGGAAGUCUGACAGGAGACUCAACUCCGGUUUUGGUGGAAUGGUUCCUGGUGGGGAGAAAAUGUCUGAAGAGGUGAAUCCAAAAGCUUAUCCAUUAGCUGAUUCAACACUGACGACCAAGAUACUGAAUAUUGUUCAGCAAGCUAUGAAUUAUAAGCAACUUAGGAAAGGCGCUAAUGAAGCCACAAAAACCUUGAACAGAGGGAUAUCAGAGUUCAUUGUCAUGGCAGCUGAUUCAGAACCACUUGAAAUUCUUCUUCACUUGCCAUUACUCUGCGAAGACAAAAAUGUCCCUUACGUGUUCGUGAGAUCAAAGCAAGCUCUUGGACGUGCUUGUGGUGUAUCAAGACCUGUUGUUGCUUGUUCAAUUGUAGUGAAUGAAGGUUCUCAGUUAAAACCACACAUAACAACAGUUCAACAGGAAAUUGAACGAUUAUUAGUGUGAUAUGUUUUUGGAAUAUAUAUUGAGUUAUGCAUAAAAAUAAUAAAGCUGUUCACCAGCACGUGUAAAGCAUUAUUCUGAAAUUUGGUUGGGUAAUACAUGUUUAGUUCAUACAUCAUUACCAUGUGGAUAAUUUGCUAGGGCAAAAGGUACAUCCAUUUCUGAACGCCACUCUGAAUUCAAUAAUUGAAUGUACACUAUUGUUUUCGAAUGUCAAUUAGAAUAUUUCCAUUACUAUGAGUAGGAUUAUAGUAAGUACUAAAUAUUAACAGUCAUUGCAAAUUCAAUGAAUGUAUAUAAAUAUACAAAUAAAGCCAUGAGUUUCUACG